AUGGAUGCUCCGUUCAUGGCGGAAGUGCUCAAGCUUCUUCCCUUUACGGCGACGGCCGACGGGUAUGAGGGCCUUGAGCAUCUAGAUGAAGGAGACGGAGAGGAAGAUGUAGGCGGAGUUGGAGAGCCAGAGGGAGAGGGAGUAGAGAGCGCCGAUGGGGACGACGGAGGAGAGGUAGAGGUCGCGGGACAUGGUGACGGGCUCGACGAGGAGGAAGGUGAGGGAGGAGCAGAGGGAGACGCGGACGAGGAGGAUCGCAUCGAUGGGGACGACAGAGGAGAGAUAGAGGUCGCGGGACAUGGUGACGAGCUCGACGAGGAGGAAGGCGAGGGAGGAGCAGAGGGAGACGCGGACGAGGAGGAUCGAGAGAUGGAUCGAGAGAUGAUGUCUGUGUGUGUGUGUGGGAGAACUAGAGAAGGGAGAAGGGAAGGGAGAAAACUCAGAAGAGAGAAGGAAGGGAGAAGACUCAGAACUCAGAAGAGAGAAAAGGAAGGAUCGAGAGACUGA